AUGCAUCCCGCAGGUCAAGCAUCCCUGCCGAAGCAGGCAGGCAAGCAAACGGCCGAGAUGUGGACCGUCGAGGUGUCACCCACCCGCGGCGCGGUGGCCGUCACCUUCAAAAAGUCUUCGGACUUUGUGGCCAUCAACCGUUCUGCUCGCUUGGGCGUUUGCAUGGAAGUGCGACCCAAGGGCCUGCAGGCAUGCCUGAGCAACUUCGUUGUGCGGGCAGGGGAAGAGGUGCAGUAUGGUUGGUCGGAACCGCACGAGGAAGGGACGAAUAGCCACAGUGUCGACAUCAUCUUGAAGACGAGGAGAGGAAACAGAGAAGAAGUGACGCAGCAUGAGGUGCGUGAUGUCCGACGCACCGAGCACUUCGUCUUCCCUGAGCUUGGCCUCACUUUGCUUCUGGGACAGACAGGUCUCCUGGAAGGUCAGGCAGAUGCCAGCUACGGCGCAACCCCGGCUCAGGGACGGCAGUCCGGUGACGCAGCGCGGCUCUCACCAGAGGAGGUUCUCAAUGAAGUGAUGCGCAACGCCGACGAAUAUGCGAAGAUCCUGUUGAAUGCAUUCCUGAAGGGCUUGGCUCCCCUUCUUGCAGAAGCCCUGGGUACCUUUGCUCUUGUGUUCACGGUUGGGUGUGUCGUCACUUCUCCCACCCCAUCUCCCUGGUCUGCUACUUCCAUCGCCUCGGUCCUGAUGGUGAUGGUCUAUGCCACAGGUCCGAUUUCGGGUGGGCAUCUGAACCCCGCAGUGACAUUUGCAAUGGCCCUGGUCGGGAAGAAGUCUUUUGGCGGGGUGAUGAUCUACUGGCUCUUCCAGUUCACGGGGGCUUUCAUGGCUGCUGCCGUCUACAAGAUCGUCUGCGCACCCCACCUGGCCGUGGUGGCUCCAGUGCCGCCCUUCAGUGCCGGCUAUGCGGCCGCUGGGGAGCUGCUCUACACGGCAAUGCUUGUCUUCGUGGUGCUUUGCUGUGCGGUGGCCCAGAAGAACACACCGAAUCAGUUCUAUGGCCUCGCCAUCGGCUUCGUCGUCUUGGCUGGGGGCCAUGCUGUUGGGCGCAUCUCCGGCGCUGCUCUGAACCCGGCCGUCUCCGUGGCUCUGGGCCUUGGCAGCGGCAAGGACCCACAUUGGGCCCUGGUUUGGUUUGCCGCCGAGCUCGCUGGUGCUGCCUUGGCGGCUGGAGUCUACCGCAUACUACGGCCCGAGGAGUUCGGGAAGUCCACCGGUAGCCCCCCAGACCUGAAGACUCGCUGCCUGGCUGAAGCAUUCGGGACCUUCAUGUUGGUGGUGACGGUUGGCCUGAACAUCGUCAGUGGCUCCCGUGCCACGGCAUAUUCUGCUGCAGCUGCCCUUAUGUGCAUGAUCUACUCCCUCGGAAACGUGUCUGGCGCCCACUUCAAUCCAGCGGUCACUCUCGCAGUGCUGGCGGCUGGCCGUGAGAGAAUUUCGCGACGGGACGCAGGAGCUUACAUCGUGGCCCAGCUUGUUGGCGGGCUACUUGCAGGAUUGGUCUACGCCGCCUACCACAUCGGCUCAGCAGUUGCUGACAAGUCGAUCAAAUUGGUCCCCGGGAGGGACUUCGACCUAACACAGGCAUGCAUCGCGGAACUGAUCACCACCAUGUUUCUCGGAUAUGUCGUCCUAUGCAUCGCGACCGUUAGGGAGCCCUACGCCAAAGACCUUUUCGGGCUCGUCGUUGCUUCAGCCGUCACUGGUGGCAGCUUUGCCGUAGGUUCGGUCUCCGGAGGUGAGCUCAACCCCUCCGUCACCCUGGGCCUCAUGAUCGGAAAUGUGGUGAACCCUGGUAAGGCUGGCAUCGGUCCUCUGGGAAGCUGGCUGGCCUUCAUCUUCUCCGAGCUUGCCGGUGGGCUCCUGGCAGCUGGGCUGUUCCGACUGACGCACCGCAAGGAGUUCCUGGGUGACACUUCGGAAAACUUGUUAUUUUCCCUGGUGUGGUUCCUAGAAGAAACAGGCGGCGAUGAGAAGGAUGAUGAUGGCGUGAAAGGCUUGGAGAAGGACGCCACUGAGGGGACCAAGGAUGUGGAGGCUGCGUGA